AUGGGAACUACAGCAAAUAUAAUCGGAGUAUUAUUUAUUUCAAUUCUUAUUGAUUUUUUGGAAUUUACAAUUAUUUUACCAUUACUACCAAAAAUAUUAACUUAUUAUGGACAUGGUAAUGGUGUUAAUCAAGAUUCACUUUAUGUUCAAACAAUGUCAUUUGUUCAAUUCAUUCAAGAUUUAACUGGUGCACCAAAUGAUGCUAAAUGGAAUUCUGUUUUAUUUGGAGGUAUAAUUGGUUCACUUUUUUCUUUUCUGCAAUUUUUUUCAUCAACAUUAUCUGGUGCUGCAUCUGAUCGUUAUGGUCGAAAACCUAUGCUUCUUCUUUCGAUGAUAGGCAUAUCACUUUCAUAUGCUAUAUGGUGUGUUUCGUUUAAUUUAACUAUUUUUAUGUUAGCACGUAUUAUUGGUGGACUAUCGAAAGCAAAUGUGGCUAUCAUAUUGGCUAUUGUUUCCGAUACAACUACAGAAAAUGAACGAAAUCGAGCAAUGGCAUGGAUUGGUGCAGCUUUUUCACUUGGUUUUAUAUUUGGACCGUUACUUGGCGCAUUUUGUAGUCAAUGGGGUAUUGCUUAUUGGCCAAAAUCAACAGUGAUAUUUUUUGUUUUUCCGGCUGUUGUUUCACUUGUAUUAUCUUUGAUUAAUAUUGUUUUUAUUAGUCGAUAUUGUCCAGAAACAUUACCAGUUUCAAAACGAGAUAAUAAACAAACAACAAUAACAGAUAUUUAUAAUAGAAUAUUACCAUGGCAUUUAUUUAAAUUUACUGCUAUUCAUAAUGUUAAAUCUGUUGAUGAUAUAACUAUUUUACGUCGAUUAGGUUUCGCAAGUUUUUUAUAUAUGAUAAUAUUUGCUGGUUUAGAAUUCACAAUUACUUUCCUUGUUUAUAAUCGAUUUAAUUGGAAUAGUAUGAAACAAGGAAAAAUGUUCUUUAUUAUGGGUUUAUGUAUGGCAUUAGUACAAGGUGGUUAUGUAAGGCGAAUACCACAUGGUAAAGAGAUUACUGCAGCUAUAAGUUUUAUUUUCAAUUCAAAAGUUCUUAAAUAA